AUGCGACGCCGCAGAGGCGGAGGGCCUGCGCCUUUGCUGGAUAAUCCAAGUGUGGCGCUGUGUGUAAUCUCGAUGGCCAUGGACUUUUUCCUCUUCUUUGUAAGUUCACUCGGGGUGAUCUUUGCAAGCUUAUUGCGACAAAGCUGCGACAUACCGCUGUGGUGGUUCCUCGCGCUGGUGGGUCUUGUGGCCUCCGUCAGUGCGGUGCUCUAUGCCAAGAUGGCCUGGACGGAACAUGGCAGUGACAGGACAUGGACCAUUCAUGGUUUUCUGGCUUUUGUCGUUUUCCUCGUGCAGGGCGGCACGAUGGUUUGGGGCGGAUAUCUCUGCUGGCUUGCCUUGGCAAGCUCAGAGUGCGCCGUUGACGUUCUCAACUUUACGCUUGUAUGCACUGGCCUACUGGCGCUGAUUGAAGUCAUUGGCUUCUUUUCGGUGUACUUCGUCUUCAUCCCCUCCUUCAUGAUGCAGCUUCGCGAUGCUGCAAAGUUUACGUAG